AUGCUGGUGGUGGUAGCUGCUUUGUUUGUCACCGUCGUCACUGCCGUGCCUGGAAAUGUCACCACUGCUGACCAACUCAUGCUGUUCAAGAAGAAGACGCCUGGUCCUAUUGGCGUCAUAAAGACCACUUCCGGCUUCCCUGUACUGCUUGAAGAUACACAAGUCAUCAACAAACCUCGAAUAAUCCUCAACGACUUCUUCAUGGAAACCAUGACUCGACUCAACAGGGAAAGAAUUCCUGAACGCUUCGUCCAUACUAAAGGUACUGGAGCUUUCGGCUAUUUCAAGGUGACCCACGACCUGUCUGAUAUUUGCAGAGCCAAGAUCUUUAGCGCAGUUGGAAAGACUACACCAUUAGUCGUUAGAUUUUCACCAACAAAUGAAGAAAGAGGAUCUUCAGACGUCACAAGGGACGCUCGAGGUAUGGCCAUCAAAUUCUACACUGACGAAGGCAACUUUGACCUCCUUGCACUCACUAUACAACAGUUCUUGAUGAAAGAUCCCGUUUUUUUCCCUACUUUCAUCCACGUGUUCCAUAGAAAUCCAAAGACAAAUGUCAUAGACAAUAACAUGAUUUGGGACUUCCUAACUUUACGGCCUGAAACUCUAGCUGCAUUCAUGCACACCUUUGGAGAUGUUGGCAUACCGGACGGUUACAGAUUUAUACGAGUAUUUGCCCUCCAUACCUACGAAUUAUUGAACUAUGCAGGAGACAGAACCUUUGUCAGAUUCCAAAUGGUGCCUGAUGCUGGCGUCAGAAACUUAACUACUGCUCAAGCGGCGAGAAUUACCGAUGUUGAUUAUGCAACACGCGAUUUAUAUAAUAACAUUGAGAAUGGCAACUACCCAGUUUGGACCCUCUAUGUACAAGUAAUACCAGAAUGCGAUGUCGAUAAAAUCAAAUUCGAUAUAUUUGAUAUAACAAGGCGAUGGCCCCUUCGCAAGUUUCCUCUUAGACCUAUUGGCAAAUUGGUUUUGAAUAGGAAUCCAGAGAAUCAAUUCGCUGAUGUGGAACAAACGGCGUUUAACCCUGGGAACCUUGUCCCUGGUAUUCGCGGAGUGGACACUCUUUUUGAGUCACGUGUGUUCGCUUAUAGAGAUGCCCAGAACUACCGUUUAGGGGCGAAUUUCAAUAACAUCAAAGUGAACUGUCCUCUUGCAACUAUUACCCAUACGUAUGUCCGAGAUGGUCUCCCGCCAGUACUCGAUAAUGAUGGAGAAACUCCGAACUAUUUUCCUAAUUCGUACAACGGUCCCAUACCUUACGUGGAAAAGAAUUAUCCUCCAAGAAUUAACGUGUAUACCGAUCCUAGAGCCAACAACUUUGAUGAUGCAAGAGAUCUUUAUGUUAAUGAAUUGACUGUUGGACAAAGAUGUCGACUUGUUGACAAUAUUGUGACCAGCUUAAGAUUAGCAGAUCAUUUUUUGCAAGAACGCGCCGUGAAGUUGUACAAACUCAUCCAUAUAGACCUUGGUUCUAGAAUCCAGGAGAAUUUGUUGCGAAAUAACACCAACCCUUCUGACAACUAUGAGUGUAACCAGCCGUAG